UCGCGGGUCACACUGUGCAGUGUUGUUGCUUUUGAUGCGUUGCUGAAUUCGGUUCGAAAGUGAAUAAGUUGAAUAUUCUCAGAAAUUACAGCCAUCGUCGGCGUUUCGUGCGUUUAUUUACCUUUUUUUUGCGCCCAACUCCUGUGUUUUGUUUUGUUUUCUUUUCCCCAAUGGUCUGCCUGUUGCCUGCCAUUUGCACUGAGAGAAAAUAAGGCAUACGAUAAUGCGGGCGAGGCGGUGGAAUUUAAUUGCAAAUCGCAUUUUAUCCUUGGCUGAUUGCGGUUUCCUUUUCGCCGUUGUUGUUUUUGUUGCUGUGUGCAGCAAAUAAACUCGUUUCACGCGCUAGUGUGUGUGCGUGUGUGUGUGUGUGUGGAGUGCGUGCGUGUUGGUUUGUUUGUUUGUUUGCGCGGCUUUUUUUUGUGAUUAUUGUUUUUGUUAUUAUUGGAUGCAAAUUUGACAAAAACUGUGACAAUUUCAAGGAAUUCACAAAAAACAACGCACAAAAAGCAACAGUUGACGCAGGAAGUUGUAAGAUGUCCUUGACGAAAAAGGAUCCGUCGCUGAGAGUCGCCGCCUCGGAUCCGCAUCUCGUUUCUCUGGGCGGCGGUAGAUUGAGCACCGCCGUUACCAUCCACUACAUACACAUAGGUGACACCACAAUUGGAUCGGCAGCCAGUUGCAGCAUCUCGUUGAAUGGAAGUGGCGUUCGUCCACUGCACUGCACCAUCUACAGGAGCGACGCCAACGAAGUGACCCUGGUUCCGGAAAAGGAUUCCCGCCUGCUGAUCGACGGGGCUCCGAUUCUGGAGGAGACCAAACUCAGCCAGGGGGCGAUGAUCACGAUCGGCAACUCGAAUUAUCUGAGGUUCAACAAUCCGGACGAGGCGCAAAUGAUGCGCUCGGCAAUGGGCUCCAACGAGCGGAUUUCGAUGCCCCAGAUCGAUUUCACACAAUCGGCGAGGCAGGCCCACGAGCUGAGUCAAUCUCUGGAGCUGGAAUCCUUCUACGAGAGCAUCAUCAACCCGAUCAAUAAUCCCUCCACCUACGAACUGGAGUGUCCCAAGGUGUUCUCCUCCGAUUUGGUCACCGUUAACAUGCCGGCCAAGGAUGUUUUGGGCCAGAAAUACGCCAGUUUUGCCCGUAAUCUCGCCGAGAAUCAUCGCAACGAAAAGCAGCUGAACAAUCAGUUUGCCAAGGGUGUGGGCAGCAAUAGUGGUUACUGGAAUGUGCCCAGCAAUGCGGCGAUCUACAAGGAGCAGCAGCAGCAACUGGCCUCCUCGGAUCUACUGACGAAAGUGAAUAACGAUCGCUAUGAUCGUUAUCCCAAGGCGGGUGGCUUGCAGAUCUACUCCAUGAAUGGUGUGAAUAGCGAUAUCAAUAAUGGUCCAGUUUCCGGACAAAAUUCCAAUGCCGGAGGAGCCGAACUGGAGGAUAUGCUAAAGAUCUGCACGGAAUACGCGGAUAGAAACAACUCCAUGGCUCCUACACACAAUACUUCGAAUACAUCCAGCAUUACGUCAUCCCCAAUUGUCCAGAAUCGCAUAAAGACCAAUGGCUCGUUGCCGCGGGACAAGAAUAAGUCACCAUUUCCACAGCCAGCAGGAGCAGGCAGCACAGCCAAUAUAUCGCUAUUGAGCAGUUCCUCGGGCUACGAGAAUGUGCGAUUGCUGGGACCGAAUCGUGUGGAGAUCAAUGGUCAAAUCCAUGUGCCAGCUUCAGCAGGAGGAGGAGGAGGCGGUGGCUUAUCCAGUGGAGUGGCUCCCACGGCGGCGGUAAGAGCCAGCCAUGAGAAUCUUAACCAGAACAAUUCGGCAACUGCAGGUGGCAAGUAUGUGCCACAGAGUCCAAGGACCAAGAUUCGCACCAACUGCAUGUCACCCAAAAAGGAUGUGUCCUUUGGCAACGCCUUUGCCCUGGCCAUCAGUCCACCACCCCAGGCAUCUAACGCUGUGGUCUCAGCAUCCAAACCCAUACCCAUUCCCAUUCCCAGCCUGGUGAAGCCUCCAUUGGCACCCAAACCACCGGCUCCCAAUCAGCAACGUGACUACGAGCAGCUCUUCAAAUCCUUUGAGCGAAAGCAGCAGCAACUGGAUCGCCUGGUGCCCGCCAAGCGGAACAACAAGAACAUCAAUAAUCUCACUCUGAAUCUGCAGUCCGUGGAGUCACUAACUCAAUCCCCCAAGCCGAGCAGGAAACCAGCUCCGGCACCGAGAAGCAUCCAUCUGGAGCAGCGUCAGCGCCGGGAGCUCAUCCAGCGGCGCAAGCAGCUCAAGCGGGAACUGGCCGAACUGCCGCCCUCUGCGGGUAUUGAGGGACUCGAGCUGGAACUGGGUGAACAGCCCCUGGCCGCCAGUGCCUCGCCACGCUUGCAACUGCAGGCCCUGCAGAAUCGAGUUCGGCGCCUGGAAGCCCAGCGGAAUGCCACUCGCGUCAUGGAGGAGAAUCAGCAGGCCAAACUGAAGCAGUCCAUCGAAAUGAAGCAGGAUCAGUUAAAGAAAUUGCGUGCCAUGCUGAAGCAGAAACCAAACAAUGCCUGCCUGAAGGAGGAGCUGCAGCUGGUGUGCGAUUCCCUGGAGAGCGAUAGAAAGACUUUUGAGGACCUGGAGUUUCAGUAUUUCGAGGAGGAGUCCGAGCAUCAUGCCAGUCAUGAGGAAUUCAAGCGACAGGAGCAGCGUCUCACCCUGGAAGCCGAACUGGCCGCUCUGCGCAUUCAAAUCGGACCGGAUGAGGAGGAACCCGGAUCGCCCACCUCGCCGGGUUCCAAUAGCAGCAAUCUGGUCAAUGGCGUCAUGUCCCAGUCACUUUUUGGCUCCGCCGAACUGCUCUGCCCGAAGCGACGAAACCAAGAGGAUCUGAUGUCGAAGAGCAUAAACGAGAAUAUGUUCUAUAAUCAUAAAAUCGAGGCCAACACGAGUACGCCCAAGCGAUUGCCGCUACAACUUUUCGAGGAUCUUGGUGGCGGCAGCUGUGAGCAGAUCAGCUUCAAUCUUUCACUGCAAGGCGAUCGGUUCGAGGUGAACCCGCUGGAGCGACGUGUGCCCAGUCAGGACGACAUCGAUCGCAGCUGCAAGGUGGCCAAUGAUGCACCCAUCUCCACCAGCCAGGGCGCCAGCACCAAGAUCUUCGACAGCAUCAAGGAGAUCGAAAGGAAUCGCAAGCUUCUGCUGGCCCAGCAGGGUCAUCAGGUCAUUGAGCACGAGCGGCAGAAGAUGUACGAUCUGAAAAAGAAGAGCCACGACGAAGCCCGCACCCAGUAUUUGCUCUCCACCCAGCAAUCGAUGGAGCAGCAACAGCUGCUGGAUUCGGAUGCCAACGGCGGCAAAGAUGCGAAAUUAUUCGAAAAGACCGAGAUGCAAAAGCUCAAUCAAAAACCAGGUGACACAGUGGUUGACCAGGUGCAAAAAACCGGUGGCGAUAAGGAGAACAAUGUGCAGAACAGAAAAUCCACCGGCAGCAGUCCCACAACAGCAACAACAACUGGAACGACACCUCAACAGCAACGCCAUUCGCAACCAGAAUUGGAGCACCAUGCCAUUGCCCUGGGCGUAGGAGGUGGCGGAGGAGGAGGAGGAGGAGGAGUCGGUGGUGGCCAAAUGGUAGUCCGUAGUCCGCGCCCGCUCUCCGAGGCCAACAAUUGCGAUGCAACAAUCGAGGCGCCCAAGUUUGGCAAUGGAAUGGACUCCUCCUCCUUGUCGCCGGCGACGGUGGAUAACAAGCGGGCCAGCAGCAAUUCACAGGAUACGGCUUCGGCGGGCAGCGGAAGUGGGAACAGCGGCAGCGGCGGAAGCACCGCCAGCGAACGGAAGCGCAUCCUGCCGAAGCACCAGCGCCCGCUCACCCGCUACCUGCCCAUCUUCUCGCCGGAUCUGAAUCUGCGCCAUCACAUCGAGACCGCCGGCCACCAGAUCGAUCUGUGUCCGCAUGUCUUUGUGGAUGCGCACAGUUGUCGCGGUUACCUCCACAAGCUGGGAGCCACGUUUCAUGCCUGGUCGAGGCGCUGGUUUGUCCUGGAUCGCCAGAGGAGCGCAUUGAUAUACUACUCUGAUAAGUCGGAGAGGAAACCAAGGGGCGGCGCUUACUUUGCAACCAUCGACGAGGUCUAUCUGGAUCACUUAAAUGCCUCGAAGAGCGGACGUCCACAUUGCACUUUCAUUGUCAAAACAAAGAAGCGAAGCUACAAUCUGCAGGCCGCAUCCGAUUCGGCGGCCCGUAUUUGGAUCGAUGCCAUCAUCACUGGGGCCCAGGGUAACCUGGACUAUUAGAGGAUCCAGCGGAGGACUCCAAAACCCUUCAGCCCAGUGCACAGUCUCAGCAUUAAAUGGGAAACAUUUUUUUAAUUUAUAAGCUCAAAUAACUAUAACAAAGAAAGAAAAGAAACCAGUAGCCAUGUAAGACCAAAAAACAAUUGCUCACCACCAAAUGGGCAAAGAAACCUAUAACUUUCUCUUAUUUUGGCGAACUAACGAAAUCCGAGAUUUCAGUACUGGACCAAAGUCAAGAACGUAUUUUUUUAUAGAACUAUAUAAUGUAUGUACAUUUUACUUUGUCAUAUUCUUGUUAAGAACUAUUUUUCUAUCGCUAGGUUUAGAAAUGAAUGUAAAUCAAGGACAGCCCCAUGCUACUAACACCGCCAUUUUAAAUCCUAAUCAUAUGGAUAUACUUAUAGUGCUUUGACCAAUAGUUGCAGUGCCCCUAUAUUGCUGAAUUCUUAUUUUUUCUUUUGUUUCUUUUUUUUGGAGCCCUGCUAUUAUUGGUCAAACAUCUAUACGAUCGCAUAUAUAUCAUAAACACUAGACUAUAACGAUAUACAUAUAUACAAAUUGUAUAACGAUUUAAAUGUAACAACCAAAAUGACUCCUGAACACUUGAAGUUUCAUCGUGAAUUUACCUAUUAACUUUAUAAUUGUGUAUGCCUAUUAUAUUUUAUAAAAAAUAUACCAUAUAUUUUGAUAAAUGUAUAAUUGGAAGAAUCAGAUCGAGAGUAUGGGGACAAACUAUUUGCCCAUCACUA